AUGCCCACUCUGGUGCAAAUGCUGUCCCUCUGCGAGGGCCUGGGCUCCGAGGGCAGGCACCAGUUCAGGUGGCGGCGCGAGAGGCUCGGGCAGGUUAUAGAUGAGCUGCUGCAGCUGAGGAGCCGGGCGCCGCCUGAGGUGGAAGCCGACCUGGCGACCUACAAGUUUUCGCGGCUCAUGCGGCAGCACGACUUCCUCAGCAAGCUGGACUGCCAGCCGUGCAUAGAGAUGCUGCACGGCCCCCAGAGCGAGAUCUCCGCGCCCGAGUGGAACAGCCUGCUGUCCGAGGAUGAGGACUCGGUCUUCCUCGAGCACGGGUUCCUGUCGGGCCUGGAGGACAGCGGGUGCGUGCACCUGAUGCACGGCUGGCAGCCCCGCUUCGUCACGGUGCGCCAGGAGGACGGGCGGCUGGUGGGCGCAGUGCCCCUGUACCUGAAGUUCCAGGGCCACGGCGAGUUCUGCGAGGAGUCCGGCUGGAUACGGGCUUCCAUGCAGAUGCGCAUGCACGCGUGGCCUCGCCUCUUCGUUGGGGUGCCGUUCACUCCUCAUCGAGGGCGCCGGCUGCUCACGGCGUCCUUCCUGGCGCCGGAGGCGCAGCGGCGGGUGGAGCAGGCGCUCCUCAACGCCCUCAAGGUGAUCUCUGUGAGCACUGGCCUCAGCCUGAACGUGGCCUUCGGUGACGAUGCCGUCGUCGACAGGUUGUCGGAUGCCGGCUUCAUUACCCGACCGUCCAGGCAGACAGUCUGGCGGAACCGCGAGCCGGAGCCUUACCGGGAUUUCGACGAUUUCCUGGGGUCGCUCCGUGUCAAGAACAGGGUCGAGAUCGCGAGGCAGCGGCAGGCGGUGGCCGCCGCGGAGGGCCUGGAGACCGUGGUGGUGGACGGCACGGCCAACCCCGAGGCGGUGACUCCCGAGCUCAUGUCCACCGUGUUCAAGGUCUGCUACGCAUCCACCCAGGAGAGGCACGGCAACGUCGACGUCUGUUGGGGCGAUUCGAAGGACGGGGCCACCCAUCGCAGGUACGACCUCAACGAGAGUUUCUUCCGCCACCUGGCCGCCAAGUGCGCCCACCGCGUGCUGCUGGUGCUCGCCCGGGCCCCGGAGGGCGGCCCCGUGGUGGCCGGGGCCCUCUGCUUUGCCAAGGGGCGCCAGCUCUGCGGCCGCUAUUGGGGGCACCGGACGGGCGACGACAGGCCCGUGCCGUUCCUUCAUUUCGAGUGUUGCUACCACGCCUUGGUGGACUACGCCAUCCAGCAUGGCUACUCGUGCGUCGAGCCCGGCAACGGGGGUGGCAGCAUCUACAAGGUGCAGCGAUUCCGUGGCUUCGAGCCGGCGGUGACGCCGUCUAGCCUGCUGGUCCCCAACCCUCGGCUGCGAGCGCUGGUGCAGGCGGACCCGGAGGUCCAGGAGGCCUACCGCGACCCGUCGUGGACCAAAGAACGGUACUCCGCCUACGCGCCCGCGGCGAGCCGCGGGGGCGCGCGCAGAGGUCCGUCUCCGCGCGGCCCUCGCCAUACGGCGAGGCCUCGCGAACCCGCGCGGCGGAGCCAACGGGCAGGACGGAGGGGCGCCGGAGGAGAACCUGCAGUACACUCUGCGGCGGCUGGCGCGCGGGGUGCAGUCGUCCAGGCAGUGCGCCCGGCAGGGCUUCAGCCUGGCGCUGUGCGAGGUGCUGGCGGCCUUCCCAGCCGAGCUGCCGGGGGUGGUCACGUUGGUCAGGAUCGGGAGAAGGAGACGGAGCUACAGUCGGGCCUGAAGGCGUCCGAGCAGAAGGAGAGGCUACUCGGCCGGCUCUUCGCGUUCGCGGCCGUCCUCGAGGCGGGCUGCUUGAGGAGGCUCUCCGAGGGCAAGGCCGCCAAGGGCGGGCGGGCCGUUGUGGCGGAGCUCGGGCUGGGGCUGCAGGAGAUCUACACCGCGAGGCCCUACCUGAAGGAUCCGGCGUCCCUCCUCGUCGCGAAGGCCUGCCGCGAGCUCAGUGCCGCCGGACUGGCAGGGCUCGUGCCAGACCUGCUGGGGCCGUUCAAGCUGGACGAGAAGUUGCGUGAGGGCGACGAGGCGGCCGACAUGCACGCCACGGCGCUUGCCCUGGAGCUGCGGCAGGCGUACCUGGACGCGAAGGAGGCCAGUGCCAUGGAGGGAGACCUGAGGGCGUGGCCAGCCUGCGUCAAGGAGGAGAGGCUCUCGAAGCCCAGCGCCGCAGAGCGGCUGGCGAAGGGCCUCGGGUGCGCGCUCGGGGCGAACCCCGUGAGCGACGCCGUGCCGUUCGCGCUAGAGCCGCUGUGCAAAUGGUGGCUGCGGGUCGGGGCCUCGCAGGGUUUGCAGGAGAAGGUGUGGCCCGCCCUGGACGGUGCGCUCUUCCCCGAGAAGGCCUCGCCGACGCUGCAGGCCCAGGGGCUGCGGGCGCUGUCCGAGUUCGCGGCCAGGCUCGCCGCCGACGCCGGAGGCUCUGGCGCCCCCGAGCGCACAGAGGCCGUCCUCGGCGGGCUCUUCGGGCAGCUGCCGCGAGGGCUUGCGCUGCUACUCCGCACCCUCUGCUGGCCGAAGGCACAGGCGCACGCAGCCGCCGUGCGGGCGCAGCGCCGGCUGCUCGAGGCGGCGGGCGCGGCGCCCCCACCGCCGCCGCCGGGCGCCUCGAAGGCCAAGGACGACACCUCGAAGGGCCAGCGCGCCGCCGCGCCCGCGCCGGCCGUGCGCCUCAGCGACGACGCCCGCCUGGCCGCGCUGGAGGCACUGCAGCGGCACCGCGCCUACGGCUCGAUGCCGGGCAACUUCCAGCGGCAGUGGCAGCAGGCGCUGCUUGCCCCGCUGGCGCCGCCAGGGGUCCGCCAGCGCUGCGCGGCGCUGCUGGCCACGAGCGUCGGCGCGGGCGUGCAGGAAGCGGGGGCCCCGGACAUACGCCUGUGGCCCACGCAGCUGGAGGCUCUGGCGCUGCACAGCAAGGCUUCGGACGAGGUGAUCGUUGCCAGCAUGUGCCGGCUGCUCACCGCCGGGUACUUCGAGCCCGAGGAGAGCGCGCCCGAGGACGCGGCCUUCUCGCUCAAGGCCUUCAUGUCCGCCAGGAAGCUCGCUGCGCAGUCGCCAGGGGAGGACAUGCUGGUGCCGGCCGGCCUCAAGGGUGCCAGCGCCAGCGCCGACGGCCGGAAGCAUUGGCGGUUGAAGCUGUGGUCUUCGCUGGUGGGGCUCGUCAAGAGGCCCUCGCCCGAGAUGGCGGAGAAGAUCCUGGCCGGCUCCAGCUGCGCCGGAGCCGACGCGGACCAGGGCGACGAGGACCCCAGCGCCGGCACUGCGGGCCAGGCGGUCCGGACGUACGCGUUCAACGGCUGCCUCGGCGACGGGAGCCUGCUGCUGUCGAGGCUGCACCAGUGGUGGGACCACAUGGGGGAGCAGAGCGUGUGCACCGGCGCCCCGCGAAGAGAGGCGGGCCGGGGCACCGGCGAGGGCGCGGCGCUGGGCGAGGCCGCGCGCCCUCGGCGGCACCCCGCGGAGGUCUGCACGAUCUGA